AUGGAGCAAGCAGGAAUUGAGCAGAUACCUGGCUGGGAUGUUGAUGUUCUUGGUGGCACCCCGCCACAGGCGCUUCCCGCCGCCAAGAAGCCCAAGAGGAAGGUCAGCUCUGCUGAAGGGGCGGCCAAGGAGCCUAAGAGGAGAUCGGCCAGAUUGUCAGCUAAACCGGCUCCUGCAAAUGUGGACGUGAAGCCCAAGAAGGCAGCUGGCAAGGAAAAGUCGUCAGACAAGAAGGUGCAGACCAAGGGCUGGGGAGGGGCAAAGGGCAAGCAGGCCGAGCUGGCCAACCAGGAAACGGAAGAAGUGCCCUCGGACACUAAAAACGAAGAGAGUCCCGCCUCUGACGGAGCCAGAGCCGAGAAGGAAGCCAAGUCCGAAUAA